CCUGGCCUCCAAACGAACCCCAAAAUCACUCCCAGUGCGUGUGGAAGGUGGCAGCCUACCAGGCAUAGUGGACCUCGUUUAUUUUCUUUCAGCUACAAAGUCGAACACUUGAUAGGCAUGGCAUCACCGUCUCUCUCUUUCUUCUCUUCUCUCGUUUCCACUCCUCUCGCUCACCGGAAAACCAACACGAAACACAAAGUCCAGGUUCUGAAUUCUAGGGUUUUUUUAUGCGAACUUGUUACUGCACCUUCAGCUACUCCUGCCAAGAAGAAGCAUUGGAAGCAAGGAGAAUACCCUGGUAGAUCGGAGACUUCGAUUCCUGGGUAUUCCAAGAAAACCCCAAUCAAGAAUGUGAAGAAGAAACUCGACCGCAGGAACCAAGCUAAUGCCUGGGCCUGCACCGUUACCGAAGCUUUGUCUGAUUGUAUAAUCAAGAAGCAAUGGCUCGAGGCUCUCGAGGUAUUGGAUAUGCUAAGGGAACAACCCUUUUAUCAGCCGAAAGAGGGGACCUAUAUGAAACUGCUUGUUCUUCUGGGAAAAUCCGGACAACCCCGUCGUGCCCACCAGCUGUUUGAUGAAAUGGUUGAAGAAGGAUGUGAGCCAACUCCUGAACUCUACACUGCCUUACUGGCAGCUUAUUGCCGGAGUGAUCUCAUUGACGAGGCUUUCUCUAUUCUUGAUAAAAUGAAAAUGCUUCCGCUUUGCCAGCCUGAUGUUUUUACCUAUAGUACCUUGCUUAAGGCUUGUGUCGAUGCCUCACGAUUUGACUUAGUUGAGUCCCUGUAUGAAGAAAUGGCUGAGCGAUUGAUAACUCCCAAUACAGUUACUCAAAAUAUAGUUUUGAGUGGAUAUGGUAGAGCAGGGAAAUUUGAUCAGAUGGAGAAAGUGCUUUCAGGAAUGUUGGAUAGCCCUGGAUGCAAACCAGAUGUCUGGACGAUGAACAUUAUCCUCAGUGUGUUUGGCAACAAGGGCCAGAUUGUUAUGAUGGAGCGAUGGUAUGAAAAAUUCUGCAAUUUUGGAAUUCAGCCAGAGACACGUACUUUCAAUAUCCUGAUUAGUGCUUAUGGAAAGAAAAGAAUGUAUGAUAAAAUGUCAUCUGUCAUGGAGUACAUGCGCAAACUUCAAUUUCCAUGGACAACCUCCACUUACAACAAUGUCAUUGAGGCAUUUGCAGAUGUUGGGGAUGCAAAACACAUGGAAUACACAUUUGAUCAAAUGCGUGCUGAGGGUAUGAAAGCAGACACCAAGACUUUCUGCUGCCUUAUUGAUGGAUAUGCCAAUGCAGGUCUUUUUCAUAAGGUUAUAAGCAGCGUCCAGUUGGCUGCCAAGUUUGAGAUACCUGAGAAUACCUCAUUCUAUAAUGCGGUUAUAUCUGCAUGUGCAAAGGCAGAGGAUUUGAUGGAGAUGGAGAGAGUUUUUAAGCAGAUGAAAGAGAAGCAAUACCAACCGGAUUCAACAACCUUCUCUGUCAUGGUGGAGGCAUAUAGAAAGGAAGGUAUGAAUGACAAGAUCUAUGAUUUGGAGCAGGAAAAACAGCAGUUAUUUAGUAAUGGUUAUAGAUAUGAGUAGUCCACAAUAAGAGUUGAUAAAUUGCCUUGUUUUACCCAAUGAUUAUGUGGGAGAAGCUUUCACUUUUGUUCCAAUGUGACUGCCUAUGUGUUGAUGCUGCAUCCCUGUUACGGUAGAGCACUUUUGGAUUGAGGUUCUUAUAGUAGCUGUUUGGGCAUUAUUUGUACAGAGCUGAUGUACCGACAUAGGUGAUUGGUGUGUCUACAAAUAUGAAGCAAUUCAGUUGCUUAAAAUUUGCUGGUGUUGCCAAUUUGUGAAAUUUUGAUUCUUUAUAAAUUUCUCUUCCAUUUGAUUCUGAAUUCUGUUUUGAUGUGGAAGUAUGCUGUUUUGAUGUGUAAAUAUGCUGUUUUGCCUGAUAAGAAGAGGAUGACAGCCAUCUUCUUUUGUUUUGGAAUUCCUUCUGCUUAUAGGAUUUCCUGAUGGAGGGGUGUAACUUGUAUGUUAAUCCAACCUCUCAUUCAAUUAUCCGGUUGAAUGCAAUUGUUGCUUGAGUUAUGUUUCAACGGAUGAUUGGAAGAAAUUCCAAUAAAAGCAGGAACAUUUGUUGAAGGAUCGGAUGGAAGCUGUAAUAAUUGGAACACUGUUUU